AGUUGGGAGGGAAGGUGGCUGAGGUGUGAACCCGAGGAGGUGGGGGGGGCAGGUAGGACUUCCUGGAUCUGGGCUUCCUAGUGGGCCCGCACAUUGAAGACGAAGUGUCAGGAGAGGUCAGGGCCUCUCUUCACUCACGUAUUCAUGUUCAUCAGUAUGUAUUAAGCAUCAAGCAUCGGCUUUAUGUCAAACACACUUUGAUGUGGGAAGGAACUUCUUUUCCAGGGUCAGAGAUAGACCGGAUUUCCAAGUUAAAUUGUAUUCAGAUGCUUGCUACUCCGAGUGUGGCCUGGGUGCAAUCAGCUUCAGCAUCACUGGGGGUUUGGAAGAAGUGCAGAAUCUCAGGCCCCAUCCCAGACCAAUGAUGCAGAAUCAGCAUCUUCACAAUUAUCUUGAAGCAUCUUCACAAUUAUCUGUGUGAGGUCACAGAAAGUGCCAUGGAGAAAAAGUAGGGAAGGGGCCUAGGCUGUCCCAGGGGUUGAGGGGUCGGUCAACGCUGUAAGAAGGUGACAUUCCAACUAGGACUAGGAAGGAGGAGUCUUCAGAAGGAGAUUAAAUAGAUAAAAGAGCUUUGUAGGCUUCAGAUGGAGAAGGACAAAGGCCCUGAGGUCAGGGUGUGCCUGCUUUUUCCGCUCCAGCCUGGAGAACAGUGUGGCGGAGAGACCUCUCGUCAGUCAGUGGGACCACCGGUAGUGUCAGGGCAUUCAGGCACUUGGGGGAUCCGGGCUUCCUCCUGUGUGAGGUUGGACACCUGAUGGACUUCGAGCAAAGGAGUGACUUUAGGCAGGAUGACAUUGGAGUUAAAGGAUUCUUCUGGCUGGCGGUUUGGAAACAGACUCGAGAUUCAUCCCUAGUCAACAUAAUGGAAAAUUCUAAGAUUUAUGACUCUUUUCAACAUGAACUUGAGGAUUAUGUUAGAAAGCAGAAAGCCAGAGGAUUACAACCAGAGGUUUGCUUUAGAAAGGUGACAGAAGACUCUGAGUACAGAGAAAGGGGCCACCCUGCACCCAGACCACUAAUACUGGAGCAGGGACCCUCCUUCACGAGGACCCACACGUUCUCCAGCUCCCGCACAAGGCCAAGAACAGCGGAAAACCAGUUACCCCCGUGGUCCAAACUUCAACACUCCAGACGAAGACUGGAAUCUCUAAACCACUGUCACAAAACCCACGACCAUUUCUCCAAGCAUCUGUGGCUUCCAAGCCUACCUGUGCAAGGAAAGACCCCUGACCCCUACGUGGCACGACGCGGGAAAGAUACCAGCCGCAUCCGGGAGGAGGGUCCCACCAGAGCCCAGGCCGGAGAUCAAGAUCAAGGCCAGGGGAGAAGGUCCAGGGAGGAGGGAAGAGGAGGACACAACAAGGGGAAGCAGGGAGAGGGGAAGAGAAAGCAUUGCGAGGAUGGAGAUUCGCACAAAGAGAACAAAAAAAAGGCCAAGGUACAGCCAGUCGGCACAGAGAAGCCCAAACUCAGGAAGAAGCACAACCAAGGCACCGCAAAGGAGGGAAGGAGGUUCCAAAGAGCAAAGAAGCGACCUGGCAAAGAAAGCACGCAGGAGAGGGACCUGUGGGAUGAAGCCGUCCUUGGCAGUUGUUACUGAUGGGGGGGAUUUGGGGCCUCCGAUAUUAAAUUAUUUGGAUAAUAUUGGAAAGGCUGGAUUAAAUGGCAUUGAAGUAAUUCUGUGGCCACCACUUGGAAGAAAAUAAAAUUUGAUCCCCACGUCAGACUCUGUUCAAAUAUAAAACACAGAUGGCUUAAUGAUGUCAGUGUAAAAACUAAAAUAUAAAACCAUUAGGAGAAAAUAUAGGAAAAUCAUUUUUAAUUUUGGUGUGUGAACGGCCUUCCUGAAUGAGACACAUUAUUCAGGAUCCAUAAAGACAAAAAAUAAUAAAUGUAAUUGCAGAAACAUUUAAAAUCUGUCUAACAGAACAUCUUUUUGCAAAUUUUUUUAGAACAAAUUAAAAGAUAAGCAUUGUAUAUAUGCAUAGAGCACCCCCAGAAAGAUAUACUGAACUGUUGACUCUGGGGGCAAAAAUCAAGUGGGUAGGGGACAGACGUGGCAGGUAGACUAACUUUUCAAAGUGUUCAUCUUUCUAUUUUGAAUUUGGUAAUAUCUACUACCUUUUUUUUUUUAAGAUUUUUAAAAUUUU